AUGGUGUCUGGUGAAGAGACCAUCCAGAAGCGGAGCACACAGCAGCCACUGCGUCUCUUCUGCGGAUGGUUUUGUCCUUUCGCACAGCGCGCAUGGAUAGCUCUGGAGGAAAAGGGCGCAGUCUAUGAAUAUGUGGCCAUUGAGCCGUAUCAGGAGGAUGCAAGCAAGCCAGGGGGGUACUCCAAAAAUCCUCUGCCUCUGGAGGAGAAGAGGAGGCGGUAUCCGGAGUUCAUGGCCUCGAGCCCUAAAGGUCUGCUUCCCGCAAUCGAGAACACCCAAGCAGACGGUUCUGUUCAUCGAAUCUACGAGUCGAUGGUUUGUGUUGAGUACGUUGAAGAAGCCUUCGAUGGACCUUCGCUGAUGCCUGGCCGAUCACGUCCCGAUGCUCGGGCCAAAGUGCGCAUCUGGUGUGCCUACAUCGGCGAGAAGAUCAUUCCUCAUUUCUACCGGUUGCUCAUGCGCGAGACUGCCGACGAACGGGAAGUCGAAAAGAAGAGCUUGCUGGAUGGCCUUCUGUGCCUAGCCCAAGCAAUGGAUCCUGUUUCAGCAGAUGGCGGAGCCUUCUUUCUAGGUGAUGAGUUCACGAUGGUCGACAUUGCCCUUUGCCCUUGGUGGACCAGGUUCCGCAGCAUUGCAGGCACGUACCGUGGAUUCGAGGUGCCGCGGGGUGCCACCUGGGACCGCCUUCAUGCUUGGGGCGAUGCUUGCGAAAAGCGUCCCUCAGUGGCUAGAACUAUCGUGGAUCAAGGCCGUCUCAUUGCCAACUACACCGGCUAUGCCGACUCUUCUGCGACAUCCACCGUCGCACAGACUCUGGCGGCAAAGACCACCUAA